AUGGUCGGCUUAUAUCAAAAUAGCAACAAUCAAAUUCCGGAUACAACGUCUCAGGAUAUCCAAAUGCCCACACCACUAAUGGACUCCCGUGACAGUAAUGGAGAUAAUGUAUCCAACUCUCAGUACGCAGCGCUGGAUAACUUUUCACUGGCUCAAUCCACUUCCGAGUUCUGCGGAGGGGGUCAGACGAGUGUCUUCCACUCUAGUGACUAUGCUUGUCAGCAGUCCGUCUACUUUCGACCCUUUGAGGCUGAGGCCUUCCCAAUUGACACCUCCGCUCGUUAUUCAACUGUCACGUCAAUGAGCACUCCCCACUCCGGCAGACUGGGCAGCCUCUUCAAGUCCGUCACUUUUCCCCAUUCCCCUAAAGGAUCGGAAUCGGGGCGACCUUUCAGCCAUAAGUGA